AGCAUUAGUUGGAUCCACUUUUGACAUCAUUAUCUGUGGGCUCGAGUGACGAUAACCUGGCGGAGGCGCCCCGCGCCGCAGUCUCGCGCCAACCUCCGCACCGAGUGGACGUCUUGAGCCACGCUUCACCGCCCAAACCCCUCCCCCCUCAAUGAAAGAGGCGCGGAAUUUUGGCGCGCUCAUGCAACUUGUAUGCCGCCGCGACUGUGUGUGAACGCACUUGGAUUGCAGUGUUGGAUUUGGAUUUUUACACCUACAUCAUAGAGAGACCUAAAUUUAAACUGCACGAACUCAGAUACAAACCAGCCUAUACAAGCAAUUUAAACAAACUACCCUCACGACAGCGCUACUCAAUAACGCAACAAAAACAAAAGCUAACUUCCCAGUGAACCCACAACCAUGUUCUCGCGUGGUGUGGAUUAAGUGAUACACGAGUGAGACCCGAGUGAAGUGAGAUCAAAGUGAGUUUUACGGUGAAUCCGCCGGGUGGUCGGGGCUCGUCGGGCCGCGAGGCUCCACGCGCGGGCAUGCAUAUGUGCUACGAGCGGCCAGGAGUCGUGACUCCCCUUAACGGGGCUGUUGGUUACGACAAGUGGGCGGGCGGCGGGGGCGGCGGCUCGGCGGCGGGCGGCGCGGGCGCGUGGGGCGGGCGCGAGCGCGAACGGGAGCGCGAGCGCGAGCGGCAGGCGCGCGCGCACCAGAUGUCGCAGUCGCAGGCGCCCGAGCCCGACGCGUCCGCUCUGUUCCCGGCGCCGGUCAAGGUGACAGGCAACAAGGACCGCGUGAGCCAGCAGAUCCAGAUCAAGCUGGGGGACUACCACCUGGCGCAGACGCUGCUCGACGACCCCAGCAAGAGCAUCGGCAUCUGCGCCGAGCCGCCCAGCCCCGCGCCCUGUCUGCCGCCGUCGCGUCGCGAGAGCGAGUUCAAGAAGCCGUCGCACGCGCCGCAGAAUGGCCGCGUCCACCACCGGCCCUUUUACAAGGUAAAAGAGUCGCGCAACGCUAGCGACAUCCCUGGCUCGACGGCGGCGCCCGCGCACCGCCCGCCCCCGCUGCGGAUACCCAACGGCACUCUGCAUCAGAACACCAUCGAAAGCAGCCAGCCCCCCAUAGAAAGUAUUUUAAAGGAAAUGAAAUCCCUACCGACCCCUUUAUCAGUGCUCGCGCAAACGCCCAGGAAAGAACUAGACAACAAAUUCAUCUUCAACCACUAUACCAAUAAGGUCCAAGAAAACCCUCAAGCGAGCUCCAACGACGUGAAACCACCUCUUCCUAAACCCACCGGCCUCGACAACCGGAUAUCGAACUCCAUCACCGUAAAUUCCCCCGAUGUGGUCACGAAGGAGUUGGGUCUGUCGGAGAGCGACGACGAGGCGGCCGCCGCGACCACCCGGUUACACCCGAUCCUCUCCCCGAUCGGCUCGGGCGGCAGUCCCAGCUCGGACAGCGAGUCCUCUCGAUCAGACAGCGAGUCGGAAUCCUCAUCCGAGUCGAGCGCCGCGCCGCCGCCGCCGCCCGCGGACCAGGCGCCCACGCCUCGCGACUCCUGGAGCCUGAGCAACUUCGCGCCGCCCAACGCCCAGCUUCCAGACCGGGCCUUCGAAGCGGGCAAGGAUAUUGCGCACGCGUUGGCUGAUGUUAAGGGGAAGCCGAGUCCAAUAUCGGAGUUGUCUGACUCGGAGGCGUCAUCACCGUCGCCGGGCCACCGCCGCCGCCGCUCCGUCAAGCCGCAGUCGCCAUCUAGUGACGAAGACGCAGAACAACCGUCCCCGCGAGCUCAACCCGCCCAGGCGCCGGCGAAGCGCGGGAGACCGCCCAAAGCGCGCACCUCCGAGGAACGGCCGCCGAAGAAGAAGCGUGGGAGGCCCCCCAAGGUGCGGGCCCCCACGCCGCCGCCCGCGUCGCCCCCCGCCCCCUCUAGCGGGGAGAGCGAGGGGGAGGCGCCGCCGCCGCCGCAGCCGCAGCCGCUUGUGGAUAUGAAGAGCCAUAUCUUUAGGAAGGUAUUCACGCCCCGAAAGGGCGAUGAAGGCGGCGGGAAGGGCGGAAAAGGAGGAAAGGGCAAAGGGGGCAAAGGCAAGGGGCAAGUCACGAUCAUCGAGGUCACCGCCCCCGAAUCCGGAGCUGAUGACGAAGAGAGAAGGCACCGGGAUCGAUCAGACGAGCGACGGAAAAACGAGGAAGCAAUCGCGGCCAGACUAUCACCCCCCACUGAAGACUCGGCCAGAAGACGAGAUAGAAACUCACACUCACGAAUCACAGAGCGGAGGUCCGCCGAACGGACGGAACGAUCCGACCGGUUGUCCUUCGAUAGAAUACCAGACAGACGGUCCACCGAACGAACGGAUAGACUAUCCUCCGAUCGGACAGAGCGUCUGCCAUCGAUACCCAGCGAUCGGAUAUCAAUACCGGCAACCGAUCGACUCUCAACCGAAAAGCUGGAUAGACUAUCCACCGAUAAGUUGGAUAGACUGUCGACGGAUAAGUUGGAUAGACUGUCGGUGGAUAAGUUGGAUAGACGGUCGUCGGUGGAGAGGCGAUCGGCGGAUAGGGUCCAGGAGCGGUACGUGAAGGCUGAAGCCGAUGUGGGGUCGGGGCUGAUGAAGUCUGUCGGCUCUGAGAGGCUCUCGGAGACUUCGAUAAAUGGCCGGCGCCCGCCCCCCCGGCUGCUGGUCCGGGUGCCGCUGGCCCGUCUCCGCGGGGACACGGUGCGCCGCGUGCGCGCCCCCCCGCGCCCCGCCGCGCCGCCCGCCUCGCCGCCCAGUGGGGACAAUCAGCAGGCGUUCAUUGGUCGAGUACCGGCCGAUUACACUGACGCGCCCCUGGACUCGUUAGGUGUAAUCCCCCCAGGCCGGCGCCCCCCCCCCCCCCCCCGGCUGCUGGUCCGGGUGCCGCUGGCCCGUCUCCGCGGGGACACGGUGCGCCGCGUGCGCGCCCCCCCGCGCCCCGCCGCGCCGCCCGCCUCGCCGCCCACCGGGGAUAAUCAGCAGAGUGGCAGCGUGGGCGCCACGAACCACGAGCGGGCGCGCGCCGCGUCGCCGCCGCCGGGCUCGCUGGCCGACGUGUUGUCCGAUGAUGAGCGAGACCACAAACACUACCUAAGCGAGGCCGCCCGCCUCCGCAAAACCGCCGAGCGGGAGCAAGAACCACUUCAACGGGUCAUGCUCUACCUAGAGUCAGUUCUCUGCUUCGUGAGAACCGGAGAGGUGUUGGAACAGGAACUGGAUACCAAGAGAGCCUUCACUAUAUACAGAGAGACCAUAGAGUAUAUAAAGAUUAUACACUCGAUGCCGCAGCGGUUUCGCGCGUCGCCGCAUUCCACGUUUAAUAAGCUGGAUAUAUUGAGUCUUCGCGUGCAAUCCCUGCUGUACCUGCGCAUGUUCAAGAUGUACAACCGCGAGGUGAAGGAGUACCACAAGAUCGUGCAGGAAUACCAACAAAAGGUAUGUGCGAAGCCGGCGCACCCCGAGUCCGUGUCCCCCCUCUCCCCGACCCCCAGCCCGGCCGGCUCCGUGGGCUCAGUCGGCUCCGGCUCAGCCUCGUCCGGCUACUGCUCGCUGGUACACUCUGUGCCCGCGAGUGCACACAACGCGUUGUUGCAGCUGACCAAGUAUUACACGUUCCUGUAUGUGGCGCACGAUCUGUGGGAGCACGCCGACACGUUGUGUAGGCAGCCGCCUAACCAAGAUCUGUUCGUGGCAGUGGACCGGAAGUGUGGCCCGCUCACACUAUUCUCCACGUUCCGCCAUCUCGUGGGCUACGUGCGCCACGCCAUCUCGCUACUGAAGCAGGCGCCGCGCGAGUGAUGACGUCACAAGUGAUGGCGUCGCGACGCGAGUGAUGAUGUCACGAAGCGAGUGAUGGCGUCGCGGCGCGAGUGAUGGCGUCACAAGUGAUGGCGGUGGAUGGUGACGAGCGGGUGUGACCGGACUGGACACGCAGACGCCACGGAAAUUCACGUAGUUUAGAGAGAGUCAAGAGUUUCUAACACAUAAUAAGGUACAAAAUCGUUUAAGAUUAUUGAUGCUCGCAAUAAAAACGGUGUUCCGAAGCCUUUGAUAAGAUUAUGUAGCGUGGCUCGGCGAGAAGCGAGUUUUGCGCGUUAUCUCUACUUAUAUUAUAUUUUUGUAUACAAUUGUGACACGGUUCAACGGAUUUUUAAAAAUGAGAAAUUGUAGUUUAAAUGUCGGAUUUGAUACAACGGUUUUAUUAGUUCGUCGAGUCGGAACAGCUUUGUAUUUUUAAUUGUAAUUUUACCGGUAGUUUAUACAUCACUAAUGAGACACACAUAAUGUACGAGUGGAGGAAUCACAAGUUAAUUUGAUGGAUUUCCUGACAAGAUUGUAAAUCACAAAAUGAAGCGUCUGCUCAUCAUCAUCUUAAAGGCAAAUAAACAUAAUUUUCGUAUUGUAAGUGAUAGCCUAUCAUAUCCUUAGAUGUUAUUUUGUGUUAAAUUAAAGGUUUACUUUAAAAGUGUAAUUUUGGGAACAGACAUGACGAAUUGUUUACAAAAAGUAACCGAAGUUAUACGAAGAGACAUGACGGGUGAGGGCCAAUAUGGAUAUUUAAAUAUCUUAGAAACGGGAACACGAAAAAGUAGAGCGCAAUAAUUUUAUUUAAUAUUAAGCGUGCCUCGACAGCGCACACCGCGCAACAACCACCAAUGAUAAACUUAAACACAUCACCCGAUGAUUCCAAAGUCAUACUAUAGAGGUAUAUCAAUGAACAAUAAACCGAAUAUUUUUAAAAGAACAAUACCGUGAGCAAAAUCAAUUUAAAUUUUCCAAUCCUAACGAUAUUUUGUCUUAUAAUACAUAUCAGGUUAGUAGACAUCACUUUUAUAACGUAUUUUGCGAUUCUUGAAUUUAAUGUUUAAUUAAUGACAAUAAAAGAUCAAAAAUGAGUUUUUCCGCGUUUUGCCGCCGAUUGUGUAUGGUCUGUGACUCAGUGAGAAAUUAUAUUGAAUGCACAAUAAGUAAGUUUGUACCUACAUUAUAUAAUAAUUAUAAAUUAUUAACGAAUGACGUGAUUCAAUAAUAUGAUUUGAUAAAUGCCGCGCAGACGUAUUUUUAGUUAAUAAUAAUAUAUUUUAAAGUAAAUUAGUAAUUAUAUUCAAGGAAACACAACAGACAGAAAUGAAGUUAUUUUUUAAUUUCAAAACGAUCGAAAUAAAGAGAACACACAUGGAAAUUUCGAUUCCUCUCGGUUGUUAAAUAAAUUUAUGUUGUGAUUGUACAUAAUAAAUAUAAAUAUUUAAUAUGUAUACAUUUUGUAAGAGAUAUACCUGUUAGUGCCAGAUAAUGUAGGGUUUGUAUUCGCAAGUUGUGUACCGAACUAUUGAGACGCUACAAAUGACAAAAUCACAACAUUUAUAUUUAAAAAAAGUGAAUUUCACGCGACGGGACAAACAAAUGAAACUUAACAAUUAGACCGACAAGAGAUGCCUUGUACAUAAUUAGUUUUAAUUAUAAGAAAUGUGUAGUUUUCAAUCUAUGUUUUAAUUUAUGUGUAAACCUAAUUUAAGUGGACAAGGAGUUAACAUAAUAAACGUUGGCGUAACUUAAGUGUGCGUGUAAGAGGCCUGACAUGACGCGAGUGAGUGAGUGUACUUUUUUAUCAUAGAGAAAAGUGUAUAUUUUUAAAAUUGGAUAUUGUAAAGUGUAUAGUAGGGGCUUGCAGCGUUCAGUAGUAGGUGUUAGUGUAAGAGUAAAGUAGUUUGAAUGCGGACCCGCCCCGCUAGUUACCGGAUAGUUGAGGGGCGUCCCACGGACCGGCUCAACUCAAAUCAACAACCUAACUUCAAGUUCAAGUUUUUCGUUUUCAAAUUCAACAUGAUUCCUUUACUCUUUUGUUGGUACUUAUAUUUUAAAUUUCCAUGUUUUACUUGAUUUGUUGAGUUAUAAUUUGUAAUGUUAUUGUAUUUUAUGAGUGCAUUGAUGACACUUGCCUGGUUUCUAAGAGAUUCAACAUCACAAAAUAAUUAUAUUUCUUUAAAUGCUGUUCAAUGGCACCUACAAUAUUUUAGUUACAGAUCUUUUAAAAUUGAUUUUAUUAAAAUAAUUACUUCAUGAAUUUAUGAAUCAUUAAGUUGAAUCAUAUCAGUUAUAAUGUUAAUUGAUAGAAUCAUGCCUUUAAUUAGUUUGAGAUUUCUAAAGCGAAGAUUACUUAAGUGUGAAUUCAAUACUAAAUAAUUAUGUAUAUGCACUCCAUAUGAAAUCGAUUCAAAGGUACGUUUAUUCAGUAUAUUUAUUUGUGAUUAACAAGCAAAGCCUUACAAACACCAUGUUUUAAAUUUAAGUUUUAUUAUAAUUAUUACAGAAUCCAGGAAUUAAUCUGUUGUAAAUAUAAUUUUAUUAUUUAUUUUAGUUACAAGUUACUAGCGCAUCUCCAUCAGAAACUCGCAAUUUAAUGUUUUUUUUUUGUUAUAAAUCAAUCUGUUAGCUUUUUAAAAUUUGAAUUAUUAUUUUUGGUGUAUGAAUGUUCAUUUCAUGUGUUGCUUUUAUUGUUUUAUAGUUUCUUUUUCUAAAUUUUUACUUUCUAUUGCAUAAUAUUUUGUUGUGUCAUUUUCCACCGCGCGAUUGAUUUAUUUUAAGUUUUACUCUUUUGUAUAAGAAUUGUCGUUGUGCCUAAUACAUUCAUUCACCAUAAUGCAUGGGAAGUGCGAGUUUUUACUCCGUUUGAGUAGUGAGGACUAAACGCGAAUUAGUAUGGGGCGGGAGAGUCGCCACCUAGCGGUAUACGCGCUGCACUAGCUCCGCGCCAUACAAAUUCGAGUCGAUUUCACUGCUCGAUCGGUUAAGAAACCUACACUUGGCCCACAGACCGGUAUGACACAACUCUUGGUGCAAAAAUAUUAGCACUAAAAGUGACAAUGAAACAAGAUCAACUUAAUGGAACCCAAAUAGAUAAUUGCAACAUAUUUUUUUGAGAAAAAUCUCAAUUAUUGAUCAAAAUGAGCCCUAAAAUUGACGCCAAAUUAUUGACAUUUUAUACUAUUUAAGAUAAUGAACAAUUGAACGCUGGUUUAGGUAAUUUUAGUAGAUCAUCUUUUAGUAAAUUGUAAAGAAAAAACAUUUUCUUUUUUAAAUGGUAGCCUCUCGUGUUGAUAGCAUGUAUAAUUUGUUUUUUUAUUUUAUAUAUUCGCGUUAAGAAUAUGUAUAAAUUUGUUUUCCUCUAAUUUUAUUAUUUUGUGUAAACAUACCUUAUGUUAUUGAUGAUAGAAUACAUUAAUUUUUAUGUAUGGA